CACUCAUGGAGGUCGUGCGGGGAGGUACAAGAAAACAGUGCGCACACUUGCGCGCGUCGUCAAAAUCGUUUUUAUUUGUAUAGCAAUAUAACUACUUACACGCAUACGGGUAUUGACGCUGCUACCGCCGUACAACACUAUCAAGCAAAGUCUGUGAACGCAGGUAGAUAUUCGAUUUUUUUUAUUGUUGUUUUUAUUUUUUUUAAGUAUAUCACACAUAUAAACACAAUCCGAAGUACACCAUGGUGAGUACCGUUUACUUCAGAUUAUCGGCGUUUGGUUCGCUACUGCUGCUGUAUGCAUUUUGGCCGCGUGAUGCCGAAGCGUUCGUAGUUAAGCGCCCGGACCCGGGAAAGUCCAAGGAGCUGGAAUUGUUUCAGUUCGUGAUGCUCAAUGAUCUAAAGUUCCGUUUGGUGCUGAAUCAGAAGAUCAGGAUUGAUGAUAGAAUGCUUCCUCCGUAUCAAGGCGAAGAGGUAAACGAACAAGUCCGUGAAAGUCUGCGCUUGUUUAGCAACGACGUUACCCAUAUAACGCCGUACCCCGUGCUCAAAAAAGUCUUAAGGAAUUUCUGGUGGUUAGGCUCACUCAUCGACUAUGCUGCGAGUGUACUCCAGGUGGCGUUUAUGUGCACUACGUAUACGUUCGUGUCGACCCAGAUGGAGCUGAUCAUAUUAAUGGAGAAAAAAUUAAACCAAGACGUGGAGUUUAAAAAAAUAACAAAUAAAACGUUCGAAGAUGCAUGGAAAACGCUAACCGUGUUUAUGGAUAAGUUAGGCGCGGUCCAUAGUGACCUUGAAAUGUUGGCCGACUUAUCGUAUGAAUACACCGAACUCGCGUUGAAAAAUGAAACAAAUCAAAUGCACGUGUUGAGAUUAAUGCAAACCGAAAUAGACAAAAUAAUCAACAGUAGAUGUGUGCGAAACGACCACGAAUUUAUAUACGGAUUUUUCGGUAUUGGUGCUAAUCACAGUCAUCUUAGUGGAACCGAGUCUACACACAAUGAAAUCUUAGACGUAUUCGAAAUUCUCAAUGAAAAACUAAUGCAAAUGUAUGAAGAGUUCAACAUUAAAUCGAUGGACUACGACAAUUGGAAGCAAAUUUUAGAUUUCCGAACCCCGAUACAAAAAGAUAUAAAUCUUUAUCUAAAAAUAGACGAGAUGUUGAGUGGUGACGAUGUAGGGAAACAUAUACUAAAAGGAAAGAUGGACAGGAGAGAAAAAAUUAUCCGAAACUUAAGCCCGCGUGGCAUGGAACUAGAAGCAAUACAACCGGGAUUUGAUGAGGGAGUCAUAUCUGGAAUGACAUGAAUACUUCAACCUAACUAAGUAACGAGUAACUGACAAGCUAAAUAAUUCAAUUUCGAAUUCUAUUCUGUAACAAUAUGCAAUUUUAUUUUAAUUAAUUAUAUUCAUAAUUUAAUUCAUUGAAUACUUCAUAAUGUAUUAUUAUUUAAAGGUAAAUUUGUGUUAAAAAAAAAUAACAUUAACAACAAUGUAUCUUUAGAUAGGUAUAAUUUUUAAUUUAUCUUUUGAAUUUUAAUAUUUUAUUGUACUGAUAUUUCAAAAUAAACCACGUUGAUUUAAUAACUUAAUAUCGAUUGAAAUAUUUCAAUGUACUGUACAUACAAGUUGUAAUACAAUCGAUGAUAUUUUUGUUUUAAGUACGAUGAGUAACUAAUCCAACUAAAUCAAUUUAAUCCAAUUAACCCAACACCAUAACUACAUUAAAUAUAUAAUAUUAGGAAUAUAAUUUAUCAUCGUAUUAUUAUAAUACAUAUUUAAAUACAACAAAAAUUUAUUUAAACGACUGAUGUUUUAUCAUUACUGUAAUGAUGAUAUCUAAUAAAAUAAAUAUGUUAUGUAAAAUAUUCAAUUUGCUUGAGAAUUAUUAGACAUACAAUAUUGCACGU